CUUUUUUUUUUAUUGUUUAUUUAUUAAACUUUUUUGGCAAAGCAUCUGUUUUACUGUUUUAUGAAACAGUUGACAUUAGAGAGGCGGAUCAGGAAGGGCUCUAUGUGUCAAGCUUCUGCAUAAAAGGAGGGAGAUAAAUCCUCUGUGUUUGAUUGACAGUGCUGCCAUGACAACCCCGCAUCAGCUCCAGAACGUCCAAUCAGGAGUCAUUCGGGGUCCCUCCCUGACUCCCAUGAGCUAAAGAGUCAGACCUCAGCAGAUUUCUGUCAGACUUUUUCCGAAACGCACUUCGUCUCCUCUCGGGCUUCGCUCUUUUAUCCAGAUGGUUUUCAGAUCGCCACUCGACUUUUUCUCAGCCUCUCGUCUCCUUCUGCCACACUUUGCAGAUGGGCCCCCUGUCCUGGCCCGCUCCCGGUCCCCGGAGGACCCUCCCUCCGCCUGCCCUCCUUUGGCUCUCCCGGGACUGUGCUUCUCCGCGGCGCAGAUCGCCAGCGUGUGCGAGACUCUGGAGGAGACCGGAGACAUUGAGCGGCUGGCCCGCUUCCUCUGGUCACUCCCGGUGACCGCAGACGGCCGCGACUCCAUCUCCGAGCACGAGUCCGUGCAGCGCGCUCGCGCCGUGGUGGCCUACCACACCGGGAGUUUCCGCGAGCUGUAUCACAUCUUGGAGACGCACCGCUUUACGCGCGCCUCGCACGGUAAACUGCAGGCGAUGUGGCUCGAAGCUCACUACCGGGAAGCUGAGAAGCUUCGGGGUCGGCCGCUCGGACCGGUGGACAAGUACCGCGUGAGGAAGAAGUUCCCCUUACCGAGGACCAUCUGGGACGGAGAGCAGAAGACGCACUGUUUCAAGGAGCGCACGCGGGGGCUGCUGAGAGAGUGGUACCUGCAGGACCCGUACCCGAACCCCGGGAAGAAGCGGGAGCUGGCGCACGCUACCGGACUGACACCGACUCAAGUUGGGAACUGGUUCAAAAACCGGAGACAGAGGGACCGGGCGGCAGCAGCCAAAAACAGGUUACAGCACCACAGGACGUGUCCAGAGGGUGCACGUGCACUCAGUGGAGGAGACUGCAGUCCAGACGGGAGCGCAGAGCGCGCAGAUGGACAGACUCUUCUCUCUGUAACGGACAGUGACUCUGACUUGGAUGUCUGACACUUUGAAUCUGUGAAAUGGACCUUUAGAGGCCUGUCAUGGUCCGCUGUGGAUUACCGGACAGAGGAUGAUGGUGUAUGCGGGUAGAAGCUGGUCAGGGUUGCAAUAAAUUGUCAGAGUAUAAAACAGCUUCAUCCCAAAUAUUAACCCAGACCAUCAAACAGACGAUUUAAACACAGGUUACAUGGAUAUUCAGUCUUCCCCCCCUCCCUUUUGUUUCAUGAGAAUUUAAUAACAUUUUUUUUCACUAGCUGCAGAUCAGACCCACAUUUUUGAUCACUGGAUGGUGACAGUGCACAUCUGUUGACCCAGCUUACACCAUCAUCAAGCCGUGGACCCCUGUUGGAUGAAAACUCAGGGACCUCCACACAGGAGGAGUUAAUCACUCUCAUCUUCUCUAAUUAUGUGUCAUUCAUUUUUUAAUGGAACUAGUUGUUUCUUUAGAAGAAAUCCACUGCUUUAGACAAUCAGCACACACUGACGCCUAUAUACCUCCCUGUCUGGAUGUUUGUAUGUCUAUGGAUUUUGUUGUUUCUUUACCUUCACUUCUACUUUAUUUAAGGUUCAGAGUUCACUGUUCAGUGUGUGUGUGAUGCUGUGUCCUUUUUUGUUCGAGUUGAUGCUGAAUAAAUGUUUUGGUAUUUUAUAUAUAA